GUUUGCCCUUGCAGCUUCCAAAUCGUAACGUCACGAACGAUAAAACCAAUUUCGAAAGGCGAUCGAAAACGAUGUUAACCGCGCUUCAAUGCGUCUUCACAAUUGUUUUCAACAAAAAAAAAAAAAAAACAGAUAAAGUGAUGACUUCAUUGUAAUGAUAUUGACAUAAAUGCAAUAAACAUGGAAGAACAUAUUCUAAAAGUUAAUUUAGAGAAUGGAAUUCAAAAGAUCAUACUUAAUAGACCUAAGAAAAAAAAUGCUUUAUCAAUAAAGAUGUACCAGGAAAUAGAAAAUAUUUUAAAUGAUUCUUCAAAAAACGAUAGCAUACAUAUAGUUGUCUUAACUGGAGCAGGAGAUUUUUUUACUAGUGGAAAUGAUAUUAAUAUGUUAUAUUCAAUUGAAAAUUUCAUAAGUUUUAAAAAUUUUAUUGAUGCUCUGAUUACCUUUCCUAAACUGUUGAUAGCUAUUGUAAAUGGCCCAGCUAUUGGUGUUGGAACCACUAUGCUUGGACUUUUUGAUAUAGUAUAUGCUUCAGAAAAAGCAUAUUUCUAUACACCUUUUACUAAAUUAGGUCUAAUAGCUGAAAGCUGUUCUUCAUAUACAUUUCCAAAAAUAAUGGGACCAAGUAAGGCUGGCGAUAUGUUAUAUCUUGGUUAUAAAAUGAAUGCUAAAGAAGCCAAAGAAUAUCAUUUAGUAGGAACAAUAUAUAAAGAUGUAGAAGAAGUAUGGGUAUAUCUAAGAAAACUGAGUCAACUUUCUAUAAAGUCUAUAAUGGCCAUCAAAUAUUUAGUACAAAAAUGGAAUAAACAAACUUUGUUGGAAGUAAAUAAGACAGAAGUGGAAGAACUUAAGAAAAUAUGUGAAUCAGAGGAAGUUAUUAAUAGAUUAUUAAAUUUUAUAUCAAAUAAGAAUAAAUUAUAAUUUCUAAUUUUCAUUAAUGUUCAAUUUAAAAAUCAUUAUAAUAUAUUAUAUAGUUUUGAUUAUACUAUAUUUUAUUUUAUU